AGUUAUCGUGAAUUGGGAUCAAAUUUUCCUUCAACUGGUUACUCCAGCGAAGAGCUGAGUGAGGAGGAAAUCAUUUUUGACAAAUCAGUUAUGGAACGUAACAAGGAAUCAUCAAAGAGUGCCAGUCCAAGAACAACACCAGAGACAUCUUCAGGAAGAUCACGAUCAGCCACGUCAACUUAUCAAUCACCUGACCAUGCGAUACAAGAAAAGAAAAUAUGGACACUGACGCAGACGCCAAAAUCAACUCCGUUGAUGGCUGUACCUACACUCAAUGACUCGCCUAGAACAGAGAUUUGGACGAGUAAGGAGAUUUCCGAAACAAAAUCCCCGGAUUCGUCGUUCACCGCAACGUCGCUGUCUGAAUCUUCAAAUGUAAAACCGACUGAAACACCUCCCUCUGUAUCUUUGACAUCGGUGUCUUUAACAUUAAAUGCAUCAGAGACGGAAGUUCGUGAUUCUGAUUUGGCGGCCGUAACCCGUUUGUCAGGGUCAACUUAUGACCUGACAGACAUAGACAGCUCUCCUACAUUUGCGGCUCAAUCAAGGCCUGGUCCAUCUGCGUCAUCCAAACAGACAACCCUUGUGUCCUCACUCUCGCCACUCCCAUCUCAGCCCAGCUUGUCUUUACUGCCUACUGCUUCUAAUGAAUCGACACCUAGCAUUACCAUGGCAGUUGAUGGCACCAGUCCCUCAGCAGAGUCCUGUAAGACACCUGUUGCUGCACGUAAUGAAGUCGUGAUAGCUAUGGACGAGGAUGAAAAGAAUAUUAUCUACCAAAGUGACAAGUCAGGAGGCGAAGUGUUGAGUGUGGUCAAAGAUGCUGGCAAAGGAUCAAAAAAAGCCGAAAUGGUGAUAACAAUGAGGCUUCAUGACGAGGAGGAAUCGUCGACGCAAUCUGAGUCUAAGUCUGAGUCUUCUGUAGGAGAAACGGUUAACACGAGUCUGGAAUCAGAAAUGAAGAAUGUGAAAACAAGUGAUGCUAUCAUCGAUAUUAUGGGAAGUGAUAACGAGAAUGAGGAAACGUCUACCAUCAAUGAGACGUCCAACCAAGGUAAGUUAUUAGUAAGGUCAACACGUUAUAUAAUUGAUUACUCUUCACCUGUCAAAUUUAUGUUUGAAAUACAUACAAUUUUGCUGCGUCGAUCGCAAAACAUAUACAGGAGUCGCGCACAUCCAAGAGAUGCCGUGAAGACUAAGGUUAAGCGUGAGGUACGACGGGAAGACGAAUCAACAAACCCUGUGGAUACAGGCGCUUCAACUAGCAACAAUGCAAAGAUAAGGGUAUUGAACCACAAGGAUUACAAAACAUGGAAGGAACUUCAGAAGGAUAUUAAGAUGAAGAAGGAGCAAGGAAACGAGCCACGUGACGUGUUACCAGGCUUGCAGGUCGUUCGAGAUAUUUAUAACUUGCCCCGCAUUCCUGUUGAUUCAGAAGGUGGAUGUCUCUGCUAUUACUGUGAAAAGCACAUCAAGAGAGCUCAACGGGGAAAGUUUUUCAAAAUGCCCAGUAAGUUGUUCUCCUUCAAAUCGAAAUCUUCGGCCAGGGAAGCCCCAUCAGACUCAAAGAGUUCUUCCACAAGCUCUGCUGCAAAGAUAAGGGUGUUGAAUCACAAGGACUACAAAACAUGGAAGGAACUUCAGAAGGAUAUUAAGAAGAAGAAGGAGCAAGGAAACGAGCCACGUGACGUGUUACCAGGCUUGCAGGUCGUUCGAGAUAUUUAUAACUUGCCUCGCAUUCCUGUUGAUUCAGAAGGUGGAUGUCUCUGCUAUUACUGUGAAAAGCACAUCAAGAGAGCUCAACGGGAAAAGUUUUUCAAAAUGCCCAGCAAUUAA